AUGGCGUGUUCACCGAGACCGGCUACCCGGGUGACCCCCUGUACCCCGCCUACCGGGCUCGCCCCGGGAGCCACGACCCGGCUGACGUGGAGCUUACCAGCUGCACCAACCAACCGCUCGAACUGGACUGGAGGACGACGUCGGGUCAGAGCUGUGUUCCGCGCGUGGACCCCCUGACUGGACGGCCCAGGGAGGACGACUGCCACGCCCUACCUAACCGGACCCAGGAGAACGUCUUCUCCUCCAUCAUGGCGCUGCAGACUUUACCAAACGUGAACCAGUUCUGCGACGAGGACGAGCACCUGCACAACGACCGGGCGCCGACCAAGCAGAACGCGCUGUGCGACUACCGGAGCACCUGGGACGUCAUCGCCAACCACCGGGACUUCUACCGCAGAAACCAGGCUGGCGAGCGACUCCUGGGCAGGACGAGGUUUCACUACGUCCAGGAGGCUCCCCUGCGCGUCGUCAUGGUCGUGCAGGUCACCGCCGCCAGCGGAAUCAGGGACCGGCGGGCGUUCGUGAUCCGCGCGCUGGACAAGUUCGCCCGCGUGGACGCUCCCGACGACAGCCGGCUGGGCCUGGUGGCCUUCGGCCAGGUCGAGCCGUCCGUGCGGUUUCCCCUGACCGCCAUGAACAACACCAACACCCGCGCCAAACUGGUGCAGAGGCUGCCGGCGCCGAACUCCAAGUUCAACUCAUCCCUCGAGGACGGACUGUCCAGGGCGUUGCAGAUGCUGAGCGAGGACCGCGAGCUUCCUUACCCGAGCUCCAACGGUUCUGCCGCCGCCGGCGGAGUGAUCCUGUUGCUUAGCAACGGAGACAUGGAGGCGGACGUCGCAGAGCGUUUCCAGGAGUCGCUGAGGUCGUCACAGGUUCGUCUGCAGAGCCUGGUGUACCCCAGUUCGGCCACUCCGAGCGCGCACCUGGACUCCCUGGUGGAGAACACGGGUGGUCGCACCUGGCACGUACACGAGUCCACCGUUGGCGACGAGCAGCGCGGCAGCGUAGCCACUCAGGCCGAACUGUACGAGGCCUUCUACUCGCUGCUACUGCGCGGCUACUCCUGGGACGAGACCGACAACUACGUCAUGAUCGAGAAGCGGGAGUUCGGCGAGGCCGAGCAGGCAGCCGGUCCGCUGCUACUCAACUUCGACAUCGACCACAGCCUGGCCCGCCAGCUCCUCGUCGUGGUCGUCGGCUACGACUUCGGCAAGACCUCGCUGCCUUCAAUCCCCCAGGAGGGACUGGAGCUGAUCGCGCCACCCGGCUCGCCGCAGGCCAGCUACCGGUACAACGACUACGCUUUCAACUUCGACUACGAGUUCUGGAGCUACACCUUCAGUAUCAAUGAUCCGCCGGUUGGCAUGUGGGAACUGCGGGCCGAGCCAACCACGAAGACGGACCAGCCGGUCAUAGGUCUGGUGUAUGCCAGGCCGGCUGCCAAGGAGACGCCCAUCCUGCUCGACGUCUGGAUCAGCGGACACUCGUCGGCGGUGAAUGGUUCUGAUAGAUUCAUCAUUUACGCUGAGCUGAAGAAGGGGUCUCAUCCGGUGGCCAAGGCCAUGGUGACCGCCCUGAUCCGCCACCCGGACACGGACAGCAUCACUCGGCUGCAUCUCAUCGACAACGGAGCUGGAGAUCCGGACAUCACGCAGAACGACGGCGUGUACAGCCGCUACUUCACCGACUUCACGAGCACCGGCCGCUACGACCUGACCGUGGUGGCCAACGACAAUGACGUUUCGGCUGUCGUCGUCGGUGCCUCCAGCGCCGAGUUCGAGAGCAGGUUCCCCGAAGGCGCAGAAUACCCAUCGUGUUGCGGCAGCCGUGUGCCGGACAGCUACUCUCAGAAGACCAGCCGCUUCACACGCAUCAACCAUUACGGCUCGUUCUUCGUGACGGUGCCCAAGCCGGACAGGGACGUGCUGCCCCCCAGUCGAAUCACCGAUCUCCGCGUGGUAGCCACCGAUAACCGCAGGAUGGCCGUGACGUUCAACUGGACAGCGCCGGGCGAUGACUUCGACGAGGGACAAGCGAGUCGCUACGAGCUGAAGAGCUUCAAGGACAGGCUGAACGCUCAGCGCCGCUUCGCGAGUCACGGUCAGCUGGUUGGCCAGUGGGACGUCGACGGACCCUACUACGAGCCACCCAAGCCGUUCGGGACCACGCAAACGGCCACCGUGCGACUCAAGAACGGCCAGCCGACGUCGACGCCGCUCUACUUCGCCAUCCGCGCCGUCGACGACCAAGGAAACGCGGGCCCCGUCUCCAACGUGGUCGAGGUGGUCAUCAUCCCGCCACCGACCACCACGUCCACCUCGACGCAGCCCUCGUCCUCCUGGGGCAACGGCUCGGGCACCGCCGGAGGAGCCGGAGCGCACGGCCAGCCCAGCGGUUCGCGUAGCACCAGGGACAAACUCAACGCCGCCCAACUGGCGCUCAUCAUCGCCGUUCCUCUGGCCGUACUGCUCGUCGGCAUCAUCGUCAUCAUCCUGCUAAUGGCGCGGCGGCGCAAGGCGCCGCCGCCCAAGAAGUCUACUGACAACGGCAGCGCAUCCCAGCCUCCUCCGCUGCCGGCCAAGAUCGCGCGCGACGACCUCACGACGACGACGACGGUGCCGCCUCAACAGACCACGCCCAUCAUGGACGACGACAUAAAGCAGACCACGCCCACGUCGGGCCGCCUGGAUGCGACGGCCAUCAGCCCCGUCAACUCGUGGCCAGCCAGCGUGCUGCUAGACCACUACAACAAGGUGCAGCAGGCCAAGCAGAGGCACGAGCCGCCGCCCAUCAUGAUGGUCGAGGACGGAGUCUCGCUCAACUCGUCCACGCCGUCGCUCUACUCCAAGAGCGACUACGGCGGCGUGCCGGCGCCCGCGAGACUGGCGAAGCAUCGUCCGGGACAAGACGGAGUCGCCCCGCCGCUGCCACCGCAAGUGCCCAGCUACAACGCGGUCUACACUUCGUCGCAGCACUCGCUCGACAAGACCGGAGGCGUGACGCGCAACAUCACCCAGGUCUAGCGUGGCCACUACUUCGCGUCGAACACGGUCUGCCGAGGCUCCUGACGUGAGCGAUCUGUGCGCUGACGUCGAAAGGAAGAAGACAAGAAGGGCGUGACAGGGCAGCAGACUGACCCUUUCUUCGAAAGCACUGCUAGCCGGAUGCUACGACUGCGCCGAGGGGAUGAAUCUCAGAUGGUUAUCACAAACGGGAUAAUAGCGUGCACGCGCUUCGUGGGUCUCGAGCACGCUUCACGAGGCUCCAGCUCUCACGUCGUGCAGCUGCUAUGUGCAUACAGCGAGCACCAAUGGUGAAUGGAAUGCGAGCGAUUACACAGGGCAACGCGGCGCAGUGCAUACGAUCUGCGCUCCCAAUCCGCGUGCUUACUGCCCCGGGAAAACAACCUUUUCUUCUCCGAACUGUGUGUGCUCUUCAUCGCCAAGAAUGGACGCGCGAAGUGCGAUUUAGAGAGCCUUUCUCUCUCUUUUUUUUUUGUAAUAUUUUUACUUCAUUUCAUCCCGCAACGGAUAGCAGUGCGAUGACAGUCUGCGUGUCUAUCACGCGCUUCCCUUUAUCCCGACCGCGUGAAAAAUCCUGCGCUCUCUCAGGCAACCGAGAGAUAAGCUUACUGCGAGAGACGGACGGUCAGUGUGUGAUAACUUUUGUUUCGGUCGCCGUUGUUUUACUGCAGUUUGUUUCGUUUUACCGAAGUGUCUCUAGUGUGUGUGCAUGUCGUGCGUGCGUUUGGUUGUGCUUGGACCCAACGGAUGGACACGAUCAAAAAAGAAAGAAAGAACCGAAACGUUGCGUGAACUUGCGCGCGCGCGUGUGUGUGUGUGCGUGCACGUGAAGUGAGGGAAUACAGUCCUAUUCCCGUGACGAGGAGCAACCAGCGAUUUGGCCCGCCCUGCUCGGGAGCGGAGAUUCGGGCCAGAUUGGACUCCUUCUACACGAACCAAUCAGCGAUCUGCUUUUGUGAACACCGGGUCAUUGUUUUAGGAAUUCGCUAGUCACACGUAGCCUUUGCUAAUGCGGCUAGUCAAAUUAGAGCGUACCGUACGAGACAGAGACAGUUCUAUCUAGACACCCCCCCCGUAAAACGGUGUCCGAUUCCCGGCUCCUAUAAACUACGUAUAGACCACACCUACGUUGCGUGGCGUUCGAGCUGAUUUUAUCCUCCUUAUAUAGACUAACGCUCUUUGGUGCGCAGAAUCCCUCCCCUUACGCACUCUGAAAAACCUUUUUCUGCACGCUUCGAGACACGAAUGAAUUGCUCUAGUCAGCAACAGCAGUAGCCAAGUUUGAUAGGCUUCGCACUGUCUCACGCUCCCGUUCGUGGUCACAGCUGGCAUUAACCAUUGUAGCGCAGUAUGCCUCACACCCAUUAUGUAUUUUUUUUUUCUUUAAUGGUUUUAGCUGCACGGUACAACUUCUCACACUAGUUUUUACUGUUUCCUUUCAUACCUUUUGUGUUCGUUUUUUUUCUCUCUCACAUCACCAGACGUCGAGAAAAGCGGUCGCACUGUGCCGUCCCAUUUUUUAAACCUCAUCGAGAAAUGACACAGGCGUAUAGAAGAAGAAGCGUAUAGCGGUGUGUCGUAUACCAGUCUGUAGGAGUCUGUGAGAACGUUUGACUGCACCGCUGUAUAUUUGUAUACCACGCAGUGUGUUCCUUACUUGUUGCAGCCUUUUCUUCUUUCCAUUUUUCUUUUCUUUUCGGAGCACAGAAAAACAAAACAAAAACGCGAGUCACCUCCUCCUACAACACAAGACAACCCCGCACACCGUGUCCGUUCUCUUACCACCGAGUUGUACAUUUGUAUGUAAAAAGUGUUCGAGUUUCCGAGAAUCUCAGAUUCAUUCGGUCAUCAUUGCGCCUUUUCUUUUUUUCGACAUCAAAACUUAACGAGGCAGGCGUUUCCUUGUCUCGUCACACUUUCUUCGAGUAUCGAUCGCACACUUUUUCGAUGACUCACCACCACAUCUCUUGCUUCGUCCGUGAAAAAAAAGAAUGGUGUUGUUCGUUCAUUUCUCUUUCAUUUCCCAUGGACGAUACUCCGCAAGUCUUUCUGCUUUCACUCACACAAUGACGGCACCAUAAGUUCGGCAAAUGAAACAGGCGCGCGCUCGUUUUCAUCCACGGGCAUCUCUUUCGCAAGUCGAACGAAUUUCCCAAGAGCCCCUCACCAAAGAGCAAUCACGCGAAUGCAUCGCGACGGCAUAUACUGUAUAGCUUCUGCCUGGAGCAACAUACAUACUGCGCGCUGUCUUAUCCUUCUUUUUUUUUUUCAUUUUGUACAAAGUGUUGAUGAAAGCACGAAAAGUUUUAUGACGCCCAUGUGUCUGGUGUGCAAUAUUUCGUGUCUCUGCAUUUCAUUGUUUUCGAUUUUCGUUCCGUUUUUCAUCGUCUUUUUUUUUUUUUUUUCGUCAACGUGGUUGCCUUCGAGAACAACAUCGCCCGAUGUUAUCCCGGGUUGU